ACACGUGAAAUGAAUGCCGACGUUUCCGGGUGAUGCUGGAUGAGUUAGGUGCUCAAUAUAACUGUUGCACAUCUCAUUAACAGCAAGCAUAUAUAAUCUCGGGUGUCACUGGGAGUGUAUAUUUGCGCGAUACAAAUUCGAGGUUUGAUCGAUCUCUGCAGUAGGAAGGACCUUCAUACAUUUGAGAUGCAAGACAGCCAACAGCCAACUAACAACUCCAAAAAAAUGAGUGCUGUGCCUUUGCAGACAAGUUUCACAGAUGAGGUAAUUGAGAAGGUGCUCCUUGAACCAUACGAUUACAUCUGCCAGAUUCCUGGCAAGAAGAUCAGGACCAAGCUGGCAGCAGCCCUCAACUACUGGCUGAAGAUCCCAGAAGACAAGCUUGUGCAGAUUGGAGAAGUAAUACAGAUGCUUCACAACGCCAGUCUACUAAUAGAUGACAUCGAGGAUAAUUCCAAGCUGAGGCGAGGAAUACCAGUGGCACACAGUAUUUACGGAAUUCCACAGACAAUCAACACUGCCAAUUAUGUGUACUUCCUAGCGCUGUCAAAACUCCACAGCCUCGGUCAUCCGGAGGUCAAUACAGUAUUUACAGAGCAGCUGCUGGAGCUUCAUCGCGGGCAGGGGAUGGACAUCUACUGGAGAGAUGCGGUGCUGUGCCCCACAGAAGAGGACUACAAGACCAUGGUGAUACGCAAGACAGGUGGACUGUUUGGUCUAGCUGUUCGACUUAUGCAACUAUUCAGUGACAACAAGAGUGACUUUAAACCUUUGUUAGAUGUACUAGGAUUGUACUUCCAGAUCCGAGACGACUAUGCCAACCUAUAUUCCAAAGAGUAUGAAGCCAACAAGAGCUACUGUGAAGACCUGACAGAGGGCAAGUUCUCCUUCCCUCUCAUCCAUGCCAUCCGGUCCAGCCCAGACAACAACCAGAUCAUCAACAUUUUACGACAGAGAACAACGGACAAUGACUUGAAGAAGUACUGUGUAGACUACAUGAUGAAGAUCGGGUCCUUUGACUACACCAAGCAGACACUGGUCAGCCUGGAGCAGAGAGCCCUGGAGCUAAUUGAGGAACAAGGUGGAAACCCUACGCUGUCAAGUCUUGUGGGAGAGCUGAAGAAAGUAUACACAGAGGAAUCAUAGUAGAUGGUGGAGACUCAAUGAAACCUCAUCUAUACAAUACUGUUGUAGGCCUAGUGGAAGGCCAAGUCUGUGAUGGAUGUCGUCGUGUGCUCAAGUCGUGGCAGAUGGGAUGAUAAUGAUGAUGACUAAGUGCUGGUAGGAUGAAAGUGAACAAAUGAAUGUCACAUAUCGGUGUCUGCAGUUGCCAGCAACUUGUGACAGUUUUUCUGUUGUGUGUAAACUUAAUACAGGCUUGAAUCUCAAGCCCCCCCAAAGAGGUCCAAAAUAUGUGUGACAAUGAAAAUCAGUAAACGAAUGCAGAUGACAUUUUGAAUAUGUAUGAAUAUGAAUGAGAAAACCCUAUUUUGUCAAAGGUCACUGCCAUCAUAUAAAAAGACUAACCAAAAAAAUAUUCACUGCAGGGAAAAAAACAUUGGUGUCGGCCUGACUCGGCCAUCCUCAAGUCAGGGUCUUGAACUCAAAGUAGCAAAUCGUAGUUGUAUUCUUUAUUUCAAUGGCUACCCUUCCAAGUGAGGGUCAUAUCAGCAUCAGAUUACUACAGCCUACUUUCUUGGGAUAUUCUAUUGCUCUUCAAUUCCAGACAUGGGUACAAUGUGUGAAGCCCAUUUCUGGUGUUCUCCGCCGUGAUAUUGCUGGAAUACUGCUAAAAGCGGCGUAAAACCAAACUCAUUCACUAUUGCUCUUCGUGCAUCUCUGAGUAGGGUUACACAUCUCUGUUCAUUUUUAAUGGUAUAUUUCUUUCCAGUUAAAGCUACAGCGUAAAUACUGAUAGGUUUGUGUUGUAGUUGUGAAUGUAUCAUUGUGUUCGUGGCCGAGAUAGAUGCUGGUUGUGAGAUGUGAUCGUGAGAUGUGAUCGUGUGACGUUCCAGUUGUACAGCCAAAUACUCAAAGCAUUGUUUUCUGUUAUACACUUUUACCAUCAAAUUUGCCUUCUUUUUGUCCAUUUCCCCUUAAAAAAGGGCAUUUCUGUGCAUUGAUUAAACAGUCUCAUGUCGA